GUCUGCUGUUGUAUAGCUCGUGCGAUGUAAUUGCAGUUGUCUGUCAUAGUAAUUAUUAGUAGAGUUCUUUUGACUAUAUUAGAUCUGUCAGAGAAUCGCCUCUCGUCUGACACCGCGCCAGGUGUAAAAUUGGAAUAAUAUGUCAGAAACUUAUUGGAUGUCAUUAUUACAUAGACGAUGGUUUAUGAGAGACAGCGAGGAUGAAAGAAUACAAGACUUUACCAUACUAUAAUGGACCUUCCCUUCCGCCAGAAAUUGUCCAAAGUUUGCACCAUAAUGGAAAAUGCUGGAAUACCACUGGUUAAGUCAGAUUUUCAGUACACACGUUACGUCAGUACAGAUGAACUAGUUGAUGUCCAAUCUAUGAAUAGUCUCAAUAUCAUGGAUGAAAAGAAUAAUUUAGGAUUUAGACUUCGUCACAGAAAAGAAUUGAUAAGCCACAGAUCAAAAGUAGUCGAUGUAUCGUUUGUUCUUAGUCUUGUAGGAAUAAUAUGUAACGUGUUCCAUUACGAGCUAGUUUUAGGAGAUGUUAUAAUAUACGAUACUGCAGCAUCUACCGUUUUACGGAUAGUUACGACUAUAACAACAUGUUUUCUGGUUAUUUCAAUCAUUAUGUACAAUUUGAUUGGCAUAAGACUACAGCUGGUGACAACAGGUCUUGACAACUGGAAGUUAGUCAUUAAUUCCAAAAUUGUUGUCAAAACAUUGCUAGAAAUCAUUAUCUGUUCUAUACAUCCGAUUCCAUAUGGAAAUUUCACUACGCCAAUGCUAGUAUUAAAUCCAGAUACAUUUCUUUAUGAAACACAUCAAGUACCAAUUAAUGCAAUGUUAUCGGUACUUAUGUUUCUACGUAUUUACAUUUUAGGUAGAUUUCUGGUUGUACACAGUGAUCUAUUCAGGGAUACUACUGUGCAAAGUUUAGGGACACUAAGUAAGGUCAAUAUAAAUGCAAAAUUUGUAUUUAAAGCUUUGAUGUCAACCAUGCCCGGGACCAUUCUGACCGGUAUAUUAGUAACAACGCUAAUCGUUAAUAGCUGGGGCGUAAGGAUAUGUGAAUAUUAUUCCUUCGAAAAUUCUACUGUAAAAUCUCCUGCAGGUAGCUAUCUUAGCGCUGUAUGGUUAAUAGCAGUUACCUUUCUUACAUUAGGUUAUGGUGAUAUUGUUCCUUAUAGCGUUUGUGGUCGUGUAUUUGCAAUUACAACCGGAAUGAUGGGCGUCGGUAUAAUGGCUCUGUGCGUUGCCGUAUUGGCGAAGAAACUUGAACAAACACGUUCCGAGAAAUACGUACAUACAUUUGUCCAGCAGAUCCACAUGGACAAAAUUCGUCGUAAUGCUGCAGCUGAUGUCGUUAAGCAGUCAAUGUUGAUAUGGCGGCUUCGCAAACUGGGCUAUAGGCAUACCAGCACCGAUGUAAUUCGUCAUCGCAGGAAAUUGAUUUCCGCUAUUCGCACAAUGAAUAAGUCCAGUGACGAAAAGUACAGAUUGCGCGAUAAUGUCGUUGGUACUGUAGAAAUUGCCAAAGGAGUGACAGAAGUAUGUGAUAUGGUUGAAGUAAUUAAAGACAAUCAGGACUGCGUCAAUAAAAGGCUUGAAAAUUUAGAAGCUUCAUCCGCCAAUAUACAAAAACAACUUUAUGAAAUUCGCAAUUUACUCCGAACAAAUUUAAGAUGAUAAGUCCAAUCUAUUAGACCCUUGAACAUUAUUUGGCAAACUUCAAUAAUACAACAUUGACAUCUGUUCGUCUGAAAAGUGUCGUUAAUGUGAUUAUAAUACAUGUAUUAUGCGUGCACUGCAAUCAAUGGUUUGUCUCCAUAUGAUUUACAGAAAGAUUUUCUAAUGAAAAUGAAACGCACAUCAAAUUAUUCCCAAUAAUAAGAAUGUUAAUCUUGUCAGUUUUGUAUAACAUGUAGGACAAGGGUUAACCUUGUACGCAGAGAGAAUAACCCUAGGAACAGUAUACUGACUACCAAUAUAUUAUUCCCAGGAAAAACCGGAUCAAGCAGUGGUUUCAGGAUUAUUGGCGGUAAUGAACAAGAUGUUAGUUUGCUGACGGGCAUAACUGUGAUUGUCACUUCCUGUCAUGUGUGUCAUCAAUUAUAGUCGCAUAUCAUGAAAUCAUCUCAUGAAUUGUGUUUGGAUAUUCUUGUGAUCGCAUAUCUCAUAAACGAAAUCCAAGUUUUUCAUGUUACUUAAACGGUUACAUAUUAUUAACCAAAUAUUCCAACCUCACCUUAGUUUGUUUAAUGGAAAGUUCAAAUAAGUAAACGUUCUAUGUAAAUCCCUUAUUCAUUCCGUAGAAUACUAACAGUAGUAAUAUAUAUGAACACGAUUUGAAUAUAUGUUCACUUUGUACAUUUCCAGUUCGUCGUACCAAUUUUAGUUCUAUAAUGGAAGUAUCCAGAUAAAUAGUUGGUGGCUUAUCGACUUACGCACACAAUCUCAGUGGGACUUCAGCCUAUAUUAGGUCUGUUAAUGUUCAUAAAGUAGUGAACAAAAAAGUUUCUUCUCAAUUAAAUUAUGCAUACCUUUUAUGACAAAAUUAGUUAUUAUUUUAUGCAAAUUUUGAGUAACCUCUACCAUUCCACUAUUUUUGUAACUGCAAGCACAAAUGAAAUUAAUUAUGGUAGAAAAACUUAGAAACUGGCGCUUGUUGUCUUAUUAGUACGCUGUGGACAUGGUUUCGACAUUUUUAGUUUCUUUUCUAUUCAGGCUUUUACUCUGAUGUUUUCAAUUUCAGUGUUAGCAAUCCAGAGUUGUAAAGUUCAAAUUAAACCCGCAUACGGUAAUUUACAUUUCCAGUAAAAGUGAAAAAUGGCAUAAAGAUCAGGCUCGAUAGCGUUACAGAUUUAUUUGAUUAUAAAGAAAAAAAUUCAGAUCAUUUGUAUAUAAAUUAGAAGUUUAGAAAAUUGUUGUAAAUACAGAACAAAUCACUUUCACGGUAAUAUUACAAUGGAUACGUUAUUGUUACUGUUGAAAUUAAAUAUAAUAUUCCUUU